AUCACAUCCACUCUAUUAAUCAUUUCUUUAAUCUUGGGAGUGAGUGGGGAAGUAGGAACCAUCGAGAGAGAGAGAGAGAGAGGAAAAAAAAGACAAAAAUGGUGGAGAAAUUGCUGGAGCCGGCGGAACUGGAUCUGGGAAAGAAAGGGCGCGAGCCACCAUCAGUACGGAAGAUCGAACUGAAAGAAGACGUGUACAGGUUCGAUCGUAAGGAGUACAGGUCUGCGAUAAAGAGGACUAGCUCUGGCUCAUGGAGACUUACUAAAGGUGCUGAUGGGGUCAUCGAUACUGAUUGGGUUAUCGAUUCUGAGUCGCUAACCGAUUCUGAGAGAGCUAGCAAUGGGAUCGUGGCUGUGAGGACGCGUAAGUAUUAUCAAGUUGAAGGUGACGCUAGGGUUUUGACUCCUUGGGUUAUGCACGAGCUCCAUUUCACUUUCUUGAAUAAUCGGGCGGACUUAGUUAGGAGUCCCUAUGUUAUCUGUCACGUAAGUUAUACGGGUGAACAAGAAGGUGGUCUUGAUGAAGAACUCUCUCCGCCGUGUGAGGCCCCAAACACGGUGAUCAGUGACAACAACUGUCCUCCUAAUGCGCAGGGAUUAUUUAUUACAGAGGAAGCAAUAGAUACGAACCGCAAGAAACCACCGCAUACCUAUCUCAAGAACAUGAUCGUAGGCAUCAUCCUCUUUCUGGCUCUCACUGGUUAUAUAAUAUCAUCAUCAGUCUCUUUAGAUAACUCAAAGAUAACAAAUACCAUUGCCCUCUGUGAGUCCUGUCGCUGCUUCAGUGACGUUCAAACGAACUCGAAUUCGACCUCGUCCAUUUCAGUCCAAACGGAAACAAACAGGGCCACAUUUCUAAUACGUCAUUUCACAACUUUCCAUUCCUUGUUCGUUUCACAUCUGACGGUCUCUCCUCCGGCUAAGAAGGUCCAUCAAGUGUUCUUGAAUUUCCGGGGAGGGGAACUGCGCUACAAUUUUGUCAGUCACCUCGGUGAUGCCUUGGAGAGGCACAACAUCAAGUUGUUCGUAGACACAUACGAGCAUCGAGGCAAAGACCUUAAAAAUCUAUUUGUAAGAAUCGAAGAGUCGAGCAUUGCACUCGCAAUCUUCUCUACUAGAUAUCCAGAAUCUAGGUGGUGUAUGGAUGAGUUGGUGAAAAUGAACAAACUUGCGGAUCAAGGAAAGCUAAGUGUCAUUCCAAUAUUCUACAAGGUGGAGGCAGGGGACGUUAAAACACCAACAGGUGGCAGUGAGUUUGGUAAAAAUUUCUGGAGGCUCGCCGAAGCUUCUAGCGGAGAUCAGAUCAUGAAAUGGAAAGAUGCCUUGGAGGGUAUAGGCAAUAUGAUGGGUUGUUCUGUAAAGGACUACAGCGUUGAAUCCGAUUCUAUCAAGGAAAUCGUUAAGGAGGUGCAGAGAGUUAUAGAAUUAAUUGGACUUGAGGAAGAAGUUAGGUCGCCAUAUGAUUAUAUUUUCCGAUUUAAGAGAAGCAAAUCAGCAAAACCAAAUGUUGUGACGUAAUCAAGGGAAGUGUAGUAGUAGAAUAUGAGCCCUCUUCUACUUCUUUUUUGUUUAUUUAUUUUUGAUGCGGUUUCUUGUGAGAAAUUAGUAUGUAAGCCUCGAAGGUCUGUCUUGAUAGAAAAAUUCAUGAAUUCUCCUUGAACCCUUAAAGUUUAGUUAAGAAGAAGGGUACUGAAACAUCUAUAUAUAAUAGCAAACCCACUUUUUUGUGUCAA